CCGUGCGGUCACGGGAAUAUGCUGCUCCUUUCAGCCGGAGCUAGCGCUCACUGAUCAGAGCAGACACAUGGAGAUGAGUAACUGUACCGGGAAAGCAAGACCUCGCGCUUACAGGACAGCACUGGCGACAUUUGGAAAGUUGCUAAGGUUUGUCCAAAAGUCGCUAGAAUUGUCGCUAGGCGCUUUUUUUGGAAAAAAAAGUCGUCAAGGGGGUCUGAAAAGUCGCUAAAUCUAGCGACAAAGUCGCCAAGUUGGCAACACCGAAUAGCGCUACUUCUGAUCUGUCUCUUUCUGCCACCACUUACGCUCCGCCCACAAAACAUAUGUUACCUUUGAAACGCGAAAGUAUUUUAAAGCCAAAUUAAAUAUUGGAAGUACACGUCUCCCGCUUCCCGUCGCUCCGUUUCUACGCCCCUGUUACAGUCGAACUCAAACCCAGAGAGUGAUAGGCGUAUUUUGAUGGGUUACUGCAAGUUCUGUCCAGUACAUUAAGGCUGUGCCACUAAGGAGUCUCCAGGAUAGCAAGCUAUACAGUAUCAAUAGUGAGCAGAUGUAAAAAACAAAUAAAUAACGCGUUAUUUCCCGCGUUCCACCAGGAAACGAACAGGAAGUUUUGUGCUACAUUACGUCAUUGUUACGCCGGUGGUGUGCAAGUGGUAUUGGAACACUACUUAAGAUGGCGAUAGUGACAACUUCCGGUUUUCCAAGUGUGCUUUUUGAAACAGGUAGGCAGACAUCUUAGGAGAAUUGGGACAGCUCCCUUCUAGACUUGCAGGAUGUCCCCCUUGAUGGAUAUAUCCGCUCCCAGAGAGCACUGCGCCGAAUCAUGGAUCAAAAUGACAAUGACUUGCAGGGCACAGAUGCUACAGGGAGUCUGGGAGGGCCUGAUGUCCGUAGACGUAUUCCUAUCAAGCUUAUCUCCAAACAAGCCAUCAGGGCCAAGCCUGUGGCUCGAGCACAGCGUGGCCCAAACCGUCUGCCCUCCAAAAUACAGCUCGGGGAUGAAGAUGGUUUUGGCUACAAGCAGGAUGAGCGGUUUGAGUGUAAAUCUGGUGAUGCAUUUGGAAGCCAGCGGCGCUUCCCCCAGCAGAUGUUUUGGGACUAUAAGCUGAAUUUGAUUGGUGAGAAGGAUGAGACAGCCAUCCACUUCUGUGACAAGUGCGGCCAGCCCAUAAAGAUGUAUGGUCGGAUGAUUCCCUGUAAGCAUGUCUUCUGCUAUGAGUGUGCUGUACUCCACGAGAAGAAGUCUGACAAGAUUUGUCCUGGUGUGUCCCUGUACAGCUGCACGGACCCAGUCCAGCGCAUUGAGCAGUGCCUGAGGGGCUCCCUCUUCAUGUGCAGUAUCGUGCAAGGCUGCAAACGCACCUACCUGUCCCAGCGUGACCUGCAGGCCCACAUCAACCAUCGGCACAUGCGAGCGACAAAGCCAGUGGCAGGGCGUCCCACCACAGGUGGCACUGGGGCAGGAAGUGACCCAUUAGCAGAGCGCUUCCUCCUGCCCCCGGACAAGCACCGCCUGCCUCCACCACCACACCUCCCAAAGCCACACGUCCUGAUCCCACCCCCCUUACAACACGCAGCUCACAACCCUUAUGGCCAGCCACAGCCGCCACUCGAAGACCUUCGGGCAGGCCAAGCUCCACCCUCCUCCGAUGUUGGACCUUCCCGCUCCAUCGCCCAGGAGACCUUCCGCAUUGCCACGGUAACCACACGAAAGCACAGCAACCUCAUCACCGUACCCAUCCAAGAUGAUUCCAGCAGCAGCUCCUCCCGUGAGCCCUUACCUCAGCCUGUUCCUGCUCCACCUCCACACCACCACCCUGGGGACUACCCUGGACAGCCUGUUGUGCCUCACCCACACCACAUGAUGGCGCCACAGCAGCAUUAUGGGCCACCCCCUCCCCCUCCUCCUCCCAUUGGUCACCCAAUGCAGCACCCACCCCAGGGCUCGGCAACCACCCACAUGGUAUAUAGCCAGGCCCCACCACCACCCAUGUCUUCAGCUCCACCACCUAUUACCCCACCUCCUGGACACAUAAUUACUCAGAUGCCCUCCUACAUGAACCAUCCUCCACCUGGCCCCCCAGUCAGUGCACCCCUGCCCCUUCACUAUAACCCUGGCUCCAUGCAACAGUUUCCUGAGGAUCAGGGCACUCUCAGUCCCCCCUUCAGCCAGCCUGGAGGACUGAGCCCUGGGAUGUGGCCUGCCCCCAGAGGGCCACCUCCACCGCGAAUGCAGGGGCCUCCACCACAGGGUCAGAUGCCUGGACCUCACCACCCUGACCAAUCUCGCUAUCGUCCAUACUACCAGUAACCCCCCAGUCUCCCUUUGGGGUCAGUAAUGAAGAACCCAUAUCGCUUUAUCUUUGCAGUAUCAAACAGAGUUUUAAGCUUUUUGUUUGAUUCAGCAUUUGUAUGGGCCCUGUAUUCAGUGAAUAAGGCAUAGCACAUAAGGGUGAAAGGUCCCAUUUUCUUUUCAUAUAUGGUGUCACUAAUUUAUUAACAAUUUCAGUUUGUUCCUAAAUUGCAUUUUAAAUACCCUCUGUCUUUAAGUUUUGAGUCUGUGUCAAAACAAACUGUUUUGUUUUCUCUGUAAUUGUCUCCAACCGCCGAUUGAGUAUAAGUUGCCUAUGCUUGGUAGCUUGAUGGUUCUCAGAAGGUUUUAAUCUUAGUAAAAGGUGGGUGCUGAGGGACUGCAGUCAGUUUUCUUAGUGUGAGGCAAUGGUUUUCAAACUCGGUCCUCGGGACCCACUGUCCUGCUUGUUUUCCAGCUAUCCCUGUCCUACACACUGCUGAUUGACUAAACACACCUGAUCCAGGUAAUCAGAAGCUAUGUGGGGGGCAGGGAUAAGCUGGAAAACAAGCAGGGCAGUGGGUCUCGAGGAACGAGUUUGAGAACCACUGGUCUGAGGGCUCUGUAGUAUCCCUGUUUUUUGAGGCCAUUGCCCUUGUGUCUUUGACAGCUGAUGAGGGCCCAUUAGAGAAAUGCUCCCACCUACCUCUCCUUGGGUCCUUGUUUGAGCAAUGCGAGCCCUUUGUUCUUUCCUAUAUUACUUGGUACUAAUUUUCUGCAUCAAUUAGAUGUCUUGGAAUCUCACUCUAAAUCAGUGAUAAUUUCAUUGUAUCAAAUCUAUCUGAAACAGUUACCCCUUCAGCAUCCUAGGAGUCCAUUAAGUGUAAACUGAUUUUGGUGAUGAACCAGUUAUUCUUGAAAGGGUAGGCGUGGUGACAUUUUUUAUCUGAUGACUAAGUAAAAUUAAGAUAAAUGGGAAAUCUGCACAUCAUGCUGUAGUUUUGAACAGCAAAUAUAAUUGUGGUUUUGGAGCUGGAUUUCACCAGGAGGAUGCAAUAAACAAGGAAGAAAAUGUUAAAACAUUUUCUUGAAUAACGAAAUCUGAUAAGCAAAUGAAUCUGGUUAUUUGAAGGCUGUUACUUAGUUGGACUGUGAACUUUCCUGCUAACCCAAUCUCCUUACACAUGUCCAGUGUAAUGAUCCCAGUGGAUCUGGGGGUGAUCCCCCCCCCCUCGUUGGUGGGGUUAUUGGUAUAGACCUCAAGAGCCGCCAUGCUGUGGUGUUUCUGUACAUAUUUUAAUUAACUUAUGAUUUACACCUGACAUGUGUGGUGAGAUGACAUUCUGUCAAAAAAAAUUUUAACAGUGUAUUAGGAGAUGGUCCUUCAGCACCUAAGCUGUAACUACCAAGCCAUAUAUCAGGUCUCAUCCAUUUGUUGGACAGUGCAGUAAUUGUACAGUCAUGUGCAACUGAAAUGUCCCCUUAAAAAUAAUUAUUCACUCUAAGGUGCCUGGACUAACUGGUCUUUAUUGCAAUAAUCUUAUUGUGCUACCAAAUGACUAAUAGAAUUGUGCUAUCAUGACCAGGAUAAGUUAUUAGAAGAUGGCGGAUGGGUUAUUUAACAACAAAAAUGAAAAUAAAUACAUUUUUCCCCAAA